GCUGUAGCGAGCACCACUCGCGUUCGCACUCCUCAUACCAUCCACAUACAUACUUAUUCUUAACUUUGCGUGUGCUUCACCCAAUUUUUUUCUUUCUAAAACAACCACCCUUAAGUGCGCUCAAACACCGGAUCAACAGUGUGCGAAUAAAUUUGAAAAAUAAGGGAAGAAAAAGGUUACGAAAUUUCGGGUUCGACUUCAAAUGACGCGCGAAUCCAUCAUCUACAAUUGCGACGAAUUCUUUAACCGCGAAGAUCUAAAGGAUUUUAAGAAUCAUUUUAUGAGUAGUAACGGAGGCACGAGAGCGCCGUUCCCAGGCGGCGUCAAGCCUCCAAUGGCUACCCAACACCAGACUGGCUUUCGUGCCCAAUGGCCCAACCAACCACCCAACUUCUAUCGUUACCCAACACAAUACAACACCCCUAAUAGCACCGGGAACUACACCUCUGGAUCUAAUUCGUAUGGAAGCCAGAGAGUGCCAACAGCUGCAUCGCCCAGCAACACCAGCAGUUCCAGUAGUCACACGGGCAGCCAAAGCGGUACCGUCACUACUUCUUUGAGCAAUAAUGUUGAGAGCAGCAGUGGCGAACAGUUGUCCAAGACCAAUCUGUAUAUACGUGGCCUCUCACCCAAUACCACCGACAAGGACCUCGUAUCUAUGUGUUCUCAAUUCGGCACAAUUAUCUCAACCAAAGCCAUCCUAGAUAAGAAUACAAAUAAGUGCAGAGGAUACGGUUUCGUGGACUUUGAAAGUCCGGCGUCAGCAGAGAACGCAGUCAAGGCACUGACUGCGAAGAACGUUCAGGCACAAAUGGCCAAAGUGGGUAAUUGGUUACAUCGUAGGCCCACUCAACAGGAACAGGAUCCGACAAAUCUGUAUUUGGCGAAUCUGCCCCCUAACUUUAAGGAGGCGGACGUGGAUCAACUACUCCAGAAGUUCGGUCAGGUGAUAUCGACGCGUAUCCUGCGGGACUCCGUGGGAAUAUCAAAGGGAGUCGGAUUCGCUCGCAUGGAGUCCAAGGAGAAGUGCGAGCAAAUCAUCAACAACUUCAACGGAACCAUCCUGCCUGGUAGCAAGGAUCAGCUCCUCGUGAAGUUCGCCGAUGGAGGCAACAAGAAGAAAAGUCUUUAUAAGAACAAUGAUAACAAUAAGAUGUGGAGGGACGGGGCCGACGCGAUGUCCGCAGUCGCCUACGAUCCAAAUCCGUUGGCGCAGAACGGCCUCGCCUCCCAGCAGGUGAUGCCAGCCACGCAUCCGAAUUUCAGACACCCCUUCCAUCAGCAGAUGCCUGGUGGCUUUGCAAUGCACAGUACCCCAUGGAUUACUCCGUACAUGCUCCAGUCGCAGGCGGCCAUGCCUUCCGUGGAGGACAGCUACAACAUUUCGGCCAACCACAUGGGCUCUUCCUACAAAGGGGACGGACAGACCCCCCGGAAUAUAUCCGUCAUCAUGUCCGAAGUUCCUUUUAAUCCGAUGAUGUCUCAGCUUUCUGCUCAGAUGGGUGCUAUGCAGCUGGGCUCAGCACCGUACAUCUCUCAGGCCCCCUACGCACCCUACUACACGCCUCAGAUCAUACACACCAUGCCCAUGGGAGACUCGGAGCACACCUCCAACGCCGCAAGUCCGGAUGACCCCUAUCAGGCUUACCCCCAGAACCCCCCUAAGUAGACCCACACAAGUAAUUUAUAAAACAACAACAACAAAAAAAACACAUUUCGUGCCAACAAGAUACAUAAACAAAAACAACAACCACAACAACAUUGGGCGCGCUAUGGUUUUCAACAACACUUAGUUAUACUGUUGGCAUUCUUGUUUUUAAGUAAUUUAUUAAGUUAGUAUCCGUUAACUUAUUGAAGAGAAGAUGAUGAGGAAAAAAAGAGGAAAGAAGUAAUAAGCAGUAACUGGCUGGCAUGUAGAGUUCAACCGUGCUCUCAGCGGGGAAAAUACCUUCAUCAAAUUUAUUUGUUCGUUUGAUAUAUUUACACAUAUAUUUAUAUAUUUGAAGCGUAGGAUUAUAUCAUUUUUUUUUUGGUCGAGAGAGAGAGAGAGAAUUUAUUUUUUAUGGAAAAAAAAAUGAAAUCAAACAAAAUAUGGACGGCGGAGAGUGGUUACUGUAAAUAGGUAGGCUAGGAACGAGAGCGAUUUUUUAACAUUGAGAUUAAAACAUUUUUGUGCUAAAGAUUUUUUCGCGAGCGAUUUGUAUUCCUCGCUGUUGCGUUGUUGAGAUUAUAUCUUUAUAUACAUAUUUGAGUAGUUCGUAAGUUUUCAUUAAACACUUUAUUCUUCUUUUUGUGAAAUUUAGCGUUUCAUUAUGUUUCGAUAUGUUUUCUCUUUUUAAUAUAUAUAUUUAAAUUCUGGAGCACGGUUCGACGCUGCCAGCCGCCAGCCCAGUUCUUUGACAAAACAAAUAAUAUGAAAAAUAACAACAGCAAGCAACAACAAAUAAACACAUUAAUUAAACAAACAAAAAAUAAUAAAUAUAGAAGGAUCUUCCCAGAUUUAGGCUUAGGUAAAUUUAGGUAUAUUUUAUUUUUUGAGAAGUAUAAUGAUAAAAAAAAAAACAAACAAAAAUGGAAAGCAUGAUGCGAAUGAUGAACCACGUGUGAGGAGGUAGCAGAAGUUUUCUUUUUGUGAACGAAGGUUUCUUGAAAUGUGAGGUACAGAGAGAGAAAGAGAGAGA